ACUGCUGCUAUAAAAAGUUUCUUUGACCUUCAUUACCAAUCGACUCAGUCGAUAACACUUGUGACCUUGUUAUUGCAGCCAAGAUGGAGAUUAACUUUCAUGGAAAAAACGGCCCUUGUGACGGGGGCUAGUCAAGGGAUUGGUCGAGACAUUGUGAAACAAUUGGCGAAGGGCGGGGCCAAGGUGGUGGCCGUUGCCCGAAACAAGGAACUAUUGGAGAGCCUCAAAGAGGAGGUUCCCUCAAUCGAAAUCAUUCCUUGCGACCUCUCUGAUUGGAACGCGACCCAAAAUGCCUUAUCCCACCUUUCUCCCGACCUCCUGGUCAACAACGCAGGCCUUGCAAUUCUAAAACCCCUAACCCGGGUUAGCGAAUCGGACGUUGACCAACUUUUCGCCAUAAAUGUCAAAGCCUUGAUCCAGGUUACUAAACUAGUAACCGAGAAGUUACUCCAAAGGGGGGUUUCCGGUUCCAUUGUGAAUAUCUCGUCCCAAGCCUCAAUGGCUGGGCUUUUGAACCACUCCGUCUACUGCAGUACCAAGGGGGCUGUCGAUGCGUUCACUCGAGCCGCAGCCCUGGAGCUUGGCCCCCAUAAUAUCAGAGUUAAUUGUGUUAACCCAACUGUUAUAAUGACGGCAAUGGGGCGCUUGGGUUGGUCGGAGCCGAAAGUGGCCGAACCCAUGUUGCAGAAAAUACCGUUGAGGAGGUUUGGAGAGGUUCAAGAGGUUGUUGAUGCGGUUUUGUUUUUAUUGAGUGAUAAGGCGAGCAUGAUUACGGGGACUUGUCUUCCUGUAGAUGGCGGUUAUCUCGCUGUUUAAUAAUAAUAAUUAUUAAUAAAGAUGUUAUUCAGUCGUAAAA